CAAAUGGUCGCACAAAAUAAUAAUUAACUCCUCGUCCUCAUGGUUUUCGUUUUGUUUCGUCCAUUAAGUCCACUCGUAACCGAAAAGAUAAAACCUACAAUUUAACAUUUUUUCGGUGCUUCAAACGAGAACGUAAAACAACGAGACAAGAUAUCCUUGCCGACGUUCUUUUUAUUUUGUUAAGUAUAAAACUGAUACGCGAAUUUUUGAGGUGCUAGAUUUUCGUGUGUUCUGAGGCGAUGAAGGGACUUGUGCUGUUUUUAAGCGCACUGUGCUUGUCAGAGGACUUUUGCAAAGGGCAAAAUUCGUAUCAGGAUGUGGAAGAUCAAAUUGUGCAUUAUGUGAGCGUCCACGGAAAUAAAGGAUACCAUUUUCAAUAUAAAACAAAAAAUGGCAUUGAACGAGAAGAAACUGGAAAAGUUGACGCAAACGAUAAUCUAGAAGUCCAGGGAAACUACGCCUACUUUAGUCCUGAAGGAUUAAAAAUUGAAAACAGUUACCAUGCAGGAAAAGAUGGCUUCAGACCUAGCCUCAGAUUUAUCCCGACAAACCAGGCGGAAUUCAAAAAAACCAUUCCAAAAGUCGCCCACCCAUCCCGAGAAGAUACUACAAAUGAUAAUCAUCUUCUUAAUAUAAUCAAGAAAAUAAAAAACAAUGAAUUUGAAUCAAGCACUGAAAAUUCUUCGUUUACCACCGAAAUAUCAUCACCAUCCACAUUACCUAAUGUAAAUAAUAAUACCACUACUUCUAUUACUAAUGUUAAUGUAACCUUGCCGCCUGUUGAAUCACCAGAACUUUUUAUACCACCUGUUACACAAGUAGGGUCAGCUGUUAUAGCAACUUUGGCUGGUGGAGGUUUAGGAAGAUAGAACAUGUUUUAAUAUCAAAUUUUUAGAUUCUACAAGAUAAAAAGGAUAAAUUUAGUACAGUGAUUCUAAACCCCCCGAACUUUCCUGAUUUACCUCCACCAUUAGUUAUAUACAAACCUACAAUAUUAUCUCCUUCAACUACGGAAACCCCUGUCAAUGGUACUAUGGACAUUUUUCCCAUCAUUGGAUCAGCUGUGAUCGCUUCAUUGGCUGGAGGGGGUUUAGGAUAAAAAUCUUUAAUUGCUUAAUACACAUUUUUAUUAGCUUUCGAUUUAUUCAUUGUGACUCUAGGUUUAUAAUUAUUUUCUUCUUAAGUAUAAAGAAUGGUGUUUAAUCUGGAAAAAAUAAAAAGGAUUGUUUUUGUAUGGGGCUUUAUUUAAAUGUUAUAAGCAAUACUUUGAUUGAUUUUUUUCAACCUAGUCCACCACCAGCAAGUGAGGCGACAGCUGCAGUAGGUAUAGGUGCUUGUUGAGGAAGUUGUGGAGUUUUUUCAUCGUCAAUUGAAACUCGAGGUUUGUAUCCCUCCGCUCCUGCAGUGUAAAGCACUAUGUAUGUUCU